AUGGAUGAUUUAGAUAGAUAUGAACGUAUAAAGAGAUCUCUUGAAUAUCAUCAUCAUCAACAACAACCACAACAUAUCAAGAACAACAGAGACAAUGGUUUUCAAUUGAUAAAAGUGGAGAAUGAGUAUGGCAGCUACGGAUCGGAUAAAGAGUAUUUAAAUUAUCUCCAAGCACUCUAUAUCAAGUACUUGGGCGCUGGAUUGGGACAAGACGACGGUGUCGUUUUUUAUUCGACCGAUGGAGGCGAGUCGACCACAUAUUUAUACGGGUCACAGAUUGACGACGGUGGUUCAAUGGUGUUCCAGACGGUUGACUUUGGUCCCGAGCAAGAUGUCAAUCAGAUGUUUGCGACGCAGCGUGUGUUUGAGCCGACCGGUCCACUCAUGAACAGCGAGUAUUAUACCGGUUGGCUGACACACUGGACCGAGCCGACCGCUGCCAACGUUGCACCGUCUGUCGUUGCACAGGGACUGACCAACAUAUUGCCCAGUGCAAGUGUCAACAUGUACAUGCUGUACGGAGGCUCCAACUAUGGCUACAUGAACGGUGCCAAUGGCGGAGGACCAUCCUUUGACAUUACCAUCCAGUCGUACGACUAUGACGCACCCAUUUCCGAGUGGGGAGGUGUCAGCAGCAAUUCAAAGUACCAAUCAAAUGCACUAGGAAUCGACGAGCUUCACGAUCGUGCCACUAUAUUCCUCGACAAUGAAUACCAAGGUACCUUACAACGUCCAUACAACUCUACUCUUUCUCUCAAUUUCGGUGCCGGAACCAAUGAAAUAAUGCAACUUUCAAUCUUGUUGGAGAAUCAAGGUCGUAUCAACUAUGGUUCAUCCAUGUUGGAUAGAAAGGGAUUGGGAAAGGGUGUACUGAGUGGAUCUCAAUACCUCGGUCCUUGGACAAACAUUUUAUUACCUCUUGCCGAUGCCUACCAACUAAACACAACACUUCGUUGGACACCAAUCGACCAAUACAACCAACAACAAUACACAACACCAUCAUUUUAUUUGGCCACCUUUCAAGUUGAAAAUAUCGCCGAAACAUUCCUUUCCUUCCAAGGGCUUGGUAAAGGACAAUUAUUUGUCAAUGGUUUCAAUGUUGGUAGAUACUGGAAUGUAGGUCCACAACAAACCAUCUACAUCCCAUCAGUCCUACUCUAUCAAGUUCAACUUUAA